GAGCGCACCCCGCCGCGGGAUUCGAACCGCCGACCAUGCGAUCAGCAAGUCCUAGGCGCUGAGGUUUUACCCACAGCGCCACCCGCGUCCCGCCGUUGAAUCAGUCAUACUUUGUGGCAUACAACCCCCCCUCCCCCAGCAUUAAGGACCUGUCAUAUGGAGAAUUGCCUAUGCUGAUUUUUCUUGGAAAGUUUGGCUUUGAUGGAUAUGCAGUACCUUCAUCGGACAUAAAAACAUAUGAAUGAUUCAUUUCUAACAAUCUACACAAUAAUUUGUAGAAGGCCUCUUAAGGGGAGAGAAUAGUUAAUCAUAAAAAAAACAGAAUUCCCCCCCUCCCCUAAGAAUCUUGAGUUUGGCUCCUGCUAGCUGGUUUUAUUGAAUGACAUGUACAUUGAUCAGGAAAGCAAAGGAAAAUGGUCAGUGCAGCAUUAUCUUAAAGUAAUCUGAAGAUGCAAGCACAUUGAAUUACCCUUACUGCAAUGAAAUUAUGAAAUGCGUUCCAAAAUAAAAAUUAAUUAAAAUGUUUUCUGAGCCAAAGUGUCUCAGCAGUUCUUACUGAAAAGCACGUUAAUUUGGUGACACCUGCCGUGUAGGAUACCAUUGCAACAGAUGGUAAAACUAGCUCCCCCCCCCCCCCCGUUUUUAAUUAUUUAAUGCUAUACUCCUCUUUUUCCAGUGCAGAUUUUCCCAGUGAGGAAAUGUGAGCAGGUGUUUUUAUCCUACUUAUAAGUUUUAGUAUGGCAUACUUCAGCUGCUUUCUGGGAACUUUGAGUUUGUAUAUUUUUUAUGAGCCAAACUUGCUCAUCAAAUUUGGCUGUUUUCAUAACGUUUUUGAGAGAUUUUAACAGUUUGUUUUGUCAGGGUCCCCCCUACCCCAGCCCUUCCAAAUUUAGGGUUCAGGGAUUUAUUCUUGAUGAAAGCGCACAUGCAUGCAUUACACACAGAUUACACAGAGACUUGUUUAACUUCUGUUCAAAGGCCCCAGUUGAAAGAAGGAAGAUGACUAACCAUUCCUUAUUGUCUUACGCUACCAACAUACACAUUAGUCCCCACCCCCAAAGUUACACAGACUUUUGAUUCAUAAGGUAAUAAAAUAUGUAACAUCUGUCCCCUGAGGCAGACUUUCAACAAUUCCUUGCAGACCCAGCGACUCCAAAUUCCUAGAUACUGGAUUCCUAUCAUGCUGCUUUUUAACUGACCUGAAGUCAGCUGCAGGUUAUAUCAGUCUAAGGUCAUUUCAACAACAGAUGAACUUUUACAGUUCAAUCGUAUACAUUCCUACUCAGAGGUAAGCUCCAUUACAACAUCAUGACCUAGGAAGCUGCCUUGUACUUAGUCAGACUGUUGACCUACCUAGCUCAGAAUUGUCUACUGUGACUGCCAGUGACUCUCCAGGGUUAAAUACAGGUGUGUGUUUGUGUGAUAGAAUCAUGUGAGACUCUACCCAGUAACGUGGGGAUUUUUGGAAGUUUUUGAAAUUUAUGCUGGUAAUUCAUUCUAAUUUGGGAUCCUACAAUCCAUACUUCCAUCACUGCCCGCAACUGCAAUCUGAAGUGGUGCAGUCCAGUAACCUUACCUGCUACUUCUGAGAACUAGGCCCCAGUUAAACCUGAUUGUGUAGAAUGUCACAAACUUAGUUGCGAAUAAAUAUUGCAGCAUCAGGUCUAGAAUACCAAAUUUUGAACUUGCCUUUAGUAAUUGGAUUGGAUAGUUCAGUGGAUAUUCAUUCUCAUUUUCUUAAACCAGGACCCUUCUUUUCAAGUAAAAUAUUGUUAGGAAGAAAGCUAAUCACUCUCUGUAUUGCAGGCUUAUCAUGAACGUCAAAUAUUUAAAUUUGCAAAGGCCACUUACAUCCACACUUGGAAAAACUGAUGGCCCUGUUUUUCUUGCAGACACCAAAGAUGCUGACGAGGAAGAUUAAGCUUUGGGACAUCAAUGCCCAUAUAACCUGCCGCCUUUGCAAUGGUUAUCUUAUUGAUGCUACCACUGUAACGGAAUGCUUGCAUACCUUCUGCAGGAGUUGCUUGGUAAAGUAUUUGGAAGAAAAUAACACCUGUCCCACAUGCAGGAUAGUUAUACACCAGAGCCAUCCACUACAAUAUAUUGGUCAUGACAGAACAAUGCAAGAUAUUGUUUACAAACUUGUUCCAGGUCUUCAGGAAGCGGAAAUGAGGAAGCAGAGGGAUUUCUACCACAAAUUGGGCAUGGAAGUACCAGGUGACAUCAAAGGGGAGACGUGCUCAGCCAAGCAACAUUUAGAUUCCCACCGUAAUGGGGAAACAAAAGCAGAUGAGAGUACAAACAAAGAAACGUCGGAAGAGAAACAGGAAGAAGAUAACGAUUAUCAUAGAAGUGAUGAGCAGGUAAGCAUCUGCUUAGAAUGCAACAGCAGCAAAUUGCGCGGAUUGAAGAGAAAAUGGAUUCGCUGCUCUGCACAGGCUACAGUCUUACAUCUAAAGAAGUUCAUUGCCAAAAAGCUUAAUCUUUCUUCUUUUAAUGAGCUGGAUAUAUUAUGCAAUGAAGAAAUUCUGGGCAAGGACCACACUCUCAAAUUUGUAGUUGUUACGAGAUGGAGAUUUAAGAAAGCACCUCUACUGCUACAUUACAGACCCAAAAUGGACUUGCUGUAAGAACUAUUUUGUCCUUCUGGACGGUUUUUUGCAGAGACUAUCAUCGGGCACCUUCUUAGUGCAUCACGCAAUUGACCCGUGGCACAGACCAGCAGAAUUCAUUCCCGAGAACAGUCGUGCUCUCCUGUUCAACCACCCUGAAUCUUUCUCUGAGGGAUGCAUUAACCUGACUUUCUGGACAGAAAAAUAUUUAUACUUUUUUCUACAAAAAAAAAAAAAGGAUAUCGCAACUCGAGAGGACAUUACCAGCACGAAGUUUACAGACACUGAAAACACUUCACAGUUCCCUGUGUGUAGCUCAGUUCUUGGUCAUCAUCUUGCAAAGACGCAAAAUAGGUUUAAAGUGUUGUGAAGGAGAUGAAUUUUGAAUUUGUUGCCCCUAAGCCACUUUUGUGUUGCUUCACAACGUAACUUAAACGUGGCACAUUUUUUUGCAAGAUUUUCUGUCUCUUUAUACCUCACGGCCAUCUUGUCUGUUAGUAAAGCCCUUCCUAGAUUAUUUAACAUUGACAAAGAUCUAAUGGCUGGCAGUGAAUUUCCUACGUUUCGCUGUUCUAGACUGUUCUCCGUGGUUCCUUUGCUGGUGCAUUGGAUGAGGUUAUUGGAAGACUUUCAGUUGUUUCCAUUCGUGGUUUUAUCAGUCACAUCAAAAGUGCUGAGCAUUUAGAACAUAGAUCUUGCGGAGCUGGGGCUGAUAUUGGACUGAGGGAUUUGCCUUUCAGUAAAUGAAAUAAGCCAUUGGCAGCCUUAACUACUUGAACUCCAGUCUUGUUCCUUUUGAACAACACUCGAAUACUAAUGCUACAGCACACUUUGGCGACAUGCGUUAGUACAUUGACUUUCUUUCUGGUUUCUGGUUUCCCUAGUAAGUCAGUUCUGUUCACCUGACUCUCUGCUGAAUUAACUUUAUGGGGGUCAGAUUUAGAUGGCAAUGUGGUACUUCCUGGCCUUAAUUAUAAAUCUUUAUUUAUUUUUUAAUCCAGCCCCCUAGGAAUGCAUUAGCCCCUCUAAACUAUGUAAGUACUGUCUCAAUAGAGGAUUGAACAGCUUAAAAAAGGAUAAAUGCUGCUCCACUUUAAGCAACUUGAGAUUUUUUAUUUUUAAAGUUUGCGUUCGGAUGUGACUUCUGCAAGUUUGCACCACGCACAAAGUGGGUGUGUGAUAAACUGCAUGCUAGCCUUCAUUGGUCAAGGGCACGUGAGGCCCUUUCAUCGGGGGCCAUUUAAAUGGUCCAGUCUGGGCUGCACCCAGUAACACGUGUGCAUACUCUCAUUGUUGCACGUAACCCUACGUACUGGCAUGUUUUCCCUCUCCCACAUGCACAUACAUGCACAGAGGCAUGUGUAUUCUUUGCAUGUACACAAACCUGCCUUUCCGCCAUCAGGCACCAGCUUGGCUGGGACUUGUAUUUAUCCCAGGGACUGGUAGGGAAGAGGGUACAUCACUUUCCAUGCCGUUUUGCCGUUUUGCAGUACGCUGCCUUGAGUUAGGUUUCUCCUAUCUCUGUUGCUUAUAAACCCGCUGCUGGUGGGAUUUGGGCUUGACGAGAAGCACAGAGCGGUCGAAUGAAUAAGUGUCGUGUACAGGCGGUGAGUUUCAGAGAGACCGGCAAGAAGGUCGAGGGGGAGAUGAUGUUUCCCCAGACUUGGUAGAAGGCUUUCCCCCACUUAGGGAGACAUGCUUGAGUAGCCAAUAUGCUUAGCCCAUAGCAGUUUGACCAUCUUUGCUACUUGUUUUUCUGAGCAUUCUUGCUCUAUAUUAAUGGGGGCUGGUUAAUGACUUUCCUUUGUGGAAGAAGCCCAGAUAGGGUGCAACAAGGGGGUGGUGUAAAUGUGGACCAUUUAACAAAUCCUUACCAAACCGAAGUCCGAAGCAGGUAGUUGCUGGAUAACAUUGAGAUCAAGUAUCUGUGUUAAUAGCAUACACUCAAGUUAAAAUACUGUUCUCAUCUUCUUGAAUGGAUGAUUCUCGCAGCGCUAGACCUCCCUCACCUCUUCAGUUAGGAAUUGUCAUUUCCUUCCUUAGUCCUGAUUUUUCUAUUGUCAUCAACUAGAAUUAAAGUUCAUCACCCAGCUUCUUUCAGCCAUUGUCCUCCUCUAUGCCUUUGGCUCCUCCUGUCAGUGUGAUAGGAGCCCAUCUUUCUAAGGUGAGCAGUGUGGCCUUCGUUACCUCAGAUUUUAUCAUGGGAAAUCUGAAUAGGUGGAAGUCAAAGGAGUCAAUUAGAGGAACGAAGGGGAAAUGGGAGCAAGUAGGAAAUGUUGAGAUGACUAGAUGAGAUUUGGCUUAGCAGUAGACGGCACUGGACACUCUUUCGCUGGAAAGUCUUCCAGGGCAAGCCCUGUUGAAAUGAAUGGGCACCACAAAGACUACACUAAACAUUAAGGGCACUUAUCCUGUUCGCAGGAGAAUUUUCCACUGGAUAAUUUCCCUUAAAUUUGUAGCUUCUACUUCUUAAUAAGGCCAUACUUCUGUGAAAAGCAAUUUCCCAUUUCAUGUUAAGCUAUUGCUUGCCAUUGUUCAGAAAGUAUCUUCCAAUAUUAAAAAUGAAAGCACUGGUUAAUGGAAGACUAUGGAUUUGUGGAGUGUGGAGGACUAUAUGGGACUGUGUGAGGCCCCUGGAAAAAGAAGAGUCUUAACUUUAAGGUUUCCCCCAAUUUCACAGGCCAUAUGGUGCUAUCUGAAAACAUAUUGGCUAACAUUGCUUAGUGAGCCUUAAGCUUGGAGCCUUGUCCAAUGCCCACUUGAUUCAAUUAAUCUUUUAGAGGGUUAAAUGACCAUAUACAACUAUUCAGUCUACCUCAGACUAGAUACACAGCUGAAUUGUAUGACCAAUGCCAUCUUAAAAUACGGAAUAUAAAUGUUAUCCUGUGUAACUUAAAACUGAGGGAUUAAAUAGUAUCAAGAUGCAAACUACACCCCCACAACUCUUGACUGCAGCAGUCUACAGAAUCUGUAUUGCUAAGUUUCUAGCAAAUUUUUGAAUCACUUGAAUUUGAUACGGUGCUAUAUAAAUAUAUUUAAAUAUAUAUCUAGGCAGGUGCAUGGAACCAAACCCAGCAGUUGACACCUAAGCUGGUUUUGCUGCUCUUCAGCGAGUAUUUAUCUCUGCUUUUAUAACAGCCUGAUGAAAACAACCUUGGCAGAAAAUAUUUGGUUUUUUCUUUCUUUCUCAACAGCUUCUUAGAAUACAUUUUUUUUCUGUGGAAACUCAGUUCCUUGGGGUGUGUUUGUUCCAAAGACCUGGCUGACUUGUUUUAUCAGGAAAAAACAACAACACAACCACAGUGAAUACCAACAGAGCAGAUCCUUGUGAUAGAAAUUGUCUCUCUUCUGUGAAGUUUUUAAGGGGCAGGUUGCACAAUGAUUAUGUUGGCAAAACAUUCUGUUGAUCUUCUGGCUUUAGGUCUUGGAAUCAUUUUCAGCUUGAGUGGCUCAGGCCACGCAAUUUGGUUGAAUAAGUGAUCUAUAAAAGUUACUGUGAAGUUGGUUUUCGAGGUUUUUUUUGUUUUUUGUUUUUUCAAACGACUGCUUACCGCUGGUAAAUAAAUGCAGUAAAAUUAUCUUGUUGCAUUAUCCUCAGCAACAAAAGAGACGAGCAUAACGCAGGUUCAUGUUCUCACUUGGUAUAAUUUUCUUUUAAAAUAGAGAAAUCAGAAUAUAUAAUAUUGAAUUUUAAAUAAGAUUGGGGCAGGGGGGGUUAAAAGUUAACUUUAUAAAAUUAUUUAUUCUAUUUUAAGCAUUCUAUCUUACUUUUUACCAUCUAAGUAUUUUUUUGGUUUUGAUGGUCCAGCUUUAUUUAUGGGCAUAUAAAAUGAAAUUGUGAGAUGUUUUUUACAAGCUUCUUCCUUCUUUUUGUGAGGGCCAGACUGGAUGAUGUGCUGAAUGGGUGGCUGCAACCAAAAAUGGUAGCCGCGUGUCAAGUCUUCUCCCCACCUCCGUAAUGUUUAUGAUUACUUAUUUGUGCUCUCCUGCCAUUUCGCAUCUCUUUGCACCCUUCCGGAGGCAGACAAUGAUAUGAGAAAUGGUGAACGCUCUUACAUGAGGCACAGGUAAGUUGUACUAGAUAUUACGGAGCAGUAAAGAGGGAGGAUACAGCUGUGAUCAUGUAUGACAGCAGCUGCAUAUUUAGUUUGGCCCCUUCUUUGAUUAUUAUUUUUUUAGUAUGUUUUUGUUUUGUAUGGAUAAAGAGCAUUACUUUAUGCUUUUUGUGCAAUAGGUUUGAAACAUGCUUCUGUUAGGCAUACCUUUAAGAUUUUAAAUGUAGCAUCUACUAACCACAGAUCUGAAAAGGAAUGUAGGUGGGUUUAAGUGUACAUUCAAAUGGGCUCUUCUGUUUUUUGUUUUUCCUUCCUGGGAUUUUUAAGAGUGACAUUUGGGAGUUGUGUCCGUGUGAAAGAACUACCUGUCAGCAAUAUUUUUUAACAAAAAGAUUUGGCAAAAAAACUCUUAAAUGUAAAAUGUGGAAGAAAUUGGCAAGACUUGCAACCUAUCCGAAUCUUUUUUUGUGUGCCAUUAAUAUGUCUGGUAUUUCUCUCUUAUUUGUAUACCAUUUAACCUGGAAAUAUUUAUUUCUCAGUGGUUGUGCAAUGCUCCAGAUGCAAACUGUAACCUUGGAGGGGAAAUGCAAUCAUUUUAAAAUAUCAGACUUCAAAAUAUGAUGGUGCUAUUUUUCCCCCCUCAGUAGGAUUUGAGCCUUUUGAAAGCUUAUCUGGCUCUUAUUGUUUUCAUAACAAUCUAAUUAGUCUUGGGAGAUUCACUGUCCUGUUUUCUUUUCCAGUGGAUGACAACUCUAUUAGCAUAGCCUAUUUGCAAUGAUUUGAAACUGAGCUGUAAAUUUAAAUGCAACAGGAGAAAGCCAACCAGUUUGUACAUCUACACAAUAACUUUGAUAACUUUAUAUUUUAACCAGUACAUAAGAAAUGCAUUUACUGCAGAUGGUUAAAACUGUAUUUUACAGAAAAAAAUCUGUUUCUGUAUUUCCUCAGGUAAUUGCUCCAGUUUUAAACACUUCACGUGAUACCUUAACUUAACAUAUAUACAUGUGCCCUCCAAUUUCAAAUGUAAAAAGAUGAGGUGCGCAGGCAGACCCCAUUGCAUGCCAGAAUUGCAAGUGGACGUAUUCACCUUAUAGUCAAAAUGUGCACAGGAAAUGCAACGUUUUUAGCAAGAUGCAUACUGUUGGCUUAGAAACGCAGUUUCUGCUUUAAGUGGAAGUGGUGGCUGAACGCACAUUCUCCAGGAAUUGGUUUCUAACCCUAAAAACUGGCUGCUGCCGUUUGAAUUCCUCCCCUCUUCGUUGAGCACAAUUGUGCCCUGGAGGUGACUCACAAAGGCCAGGGUUACCAGCUCCUUGCUAUCCAGGGUUUCUGCUGAGCAGCUGCAAAUUGGCAGAUAAGAUGGAGAUUUGCAGCAGAGGAAGCAGGGUGUUUGUGUGUGUUGCUUAACCAUUUCUCCUACUGACCACUUGCCUCUACAAUCCUACAAACAUGCUUCUGGAGCCCUGGCUGGGGUCAAGUGGAGGUUGCAGGAGGGAAAUGGUGCAGGAAAUGUUAAGCACUUUCUCCCACCCUACUCCUCUGCUGCAGUUGGUUCCCUUAACCCUACUGCUUUGCAGCUCUGUGGCAGAUCUCGGUUCCUGGCCUUGUUCUGUUGCUGAAUGUGUUGUUCUGACCACUGCACCUAUCUGGAGUUCUACGAAUGCCCAUGAGCGUUGAACCUGUCGAAGCUACAAGUGGGUCCUCCUCCUCCUAAUGUUUUGUGUGAAUGGGCACAUUUACUUGGGUGAGGAAAGUUACCUAAGGUGCACUGUGCACACCCGCUGGGCUUCGGGUAUUGCAAAAUGCCCUAUUUAAAAAGGCAGCGAUAACAGCCAAGUGACAGGGCAAGUGUCAAGAAUACCAUUCGCUUGCAACGAGAUAAAUUUAGGGUUAUGGGACAAUAAGCCAGUGCAACCGUUUAAGCCUUUAUCCUCACUUUGUGGCAUAAUUAAGUUACUGAAAAUUCUUGCCGUAUUAAAAACAAAUAAAUCAUA